AAGUGCUCAGAACUGGGUUCCAGUCCAUGCAUUGAACAUUAAGGGCUGGGUUCAGAUUUACGGAGCCAAACAACGUCGUUAAUUGUGGUAGUGUAGGCAGAGCUUACCGAGGGUGGCACAGCAGUGGCGAAACAUCCUCUCUACUUCCACUCUAUUCAGGCCUUUCACUAUUCGGUAAAUUUGUGUCUAUCUUUGGUGUAAACCUGCAUCUGCAGUUCCUUCCUGCAGAUUUUCUCCAGCAGUUUGUUUAUAGACAACAGCUGCAGGAGUAGGCCAUUCGGCCCUUCGAGACAGCAGCACCAAUCAUGGCUGUUCAUCCACAAUCAGUACCCCGUUCUUGCCUUCUCCAUAUCCCUUGACUCCACUAUCUUUAAGAGCUUGAAGAGUUCUAUCUAACUCAUCUAUAUCUAUAUUUUGUUCCAACAUCCACUGUCUGUUUUUCACUGCAAUUUCUCAACUCUGUGGCUUUAUGUGAGCUCAAACCACUGCGCGGUACCUGCUAGUUUCCUUUCCUGUGUUGAGACCCUUCUUCUAACUCUCUCUUGAAAUCCAGAGAAUUGGCCUCCACCAAAGAUACUGCGUUCUGUGGCAGAGAAUUCAACAGAUUCACAACUCUCUGGGAGAAAAGGUUUUUCCUCAUCUCGGUGACACUCAGGAUAGUGGCACUAGUCAGAGAACUGGGGAGGGGUGGGGGUGGGGGUGGGUGGAGAGAGAGGCAACACAAGGGUUAUAUAAAGUUGAAGAAACCUAUUACAAGCCAGCUUGCUGCAUCUGGUGAGCACAGCCCUUGUUUGUGGUCACCUACUACGUGAGCGACUGUUUCUGCACAUUAAGACCGAAAGUGAAAGUGUAUUUUCACGCAAUUCAUUCUAAUCUCGUGUGUGGAGAUCACUGGAGAAUAAAUAGCCUUUCUCUGCAGAUAUUGCCGCUGGCGUUGGAGUCGAUUCUUGUGUUUGCUGAAAGGAGUCUUGGAACAUCUCAGCUCCUAGCGCCGGGGGUUGUGUCGGUCCAGUGAGGUUCUGUGUCAGGGAGGAACUCCAAGCAAGACCAUUCGUCCCAUCGCCAACGCUGCAAUCCCUUUACAGCUGCAGACGGUCGCUUCUUCGAUCGAUCACCGGAUUUUGUUGAGCGUCCACUUCCUGUUUAGUGAUGAGUGAGUGCUUGCAACUGGCCACUCUGGGCCGGCCUUUCCAGUUGGGAAUGCUGUACGACUGCCGAUCAGAUGCUCUGAUCCCAGGCGUCACCUUGUGGGACUUGCAGACACUGCAGAGCAACCUUGACUAUCGUGACCAGCCCAGCACUGAGUUUCACAUCAUUGCAUCAGACUCCAUGGAGAAGAAAGCCGCUGCCCUCGAUGUGUCAGCAUCACUGAAAGCAAGUUUCCUGGGUGGGUUAGUGGAGGUGAAAGGGUCGGCAAAAUAUCUCAGAGACACGAAGGAAUCAGAGCAACAAGCACGAGUUACCCUUCAGUAUAAAGCAACAACCAGGUUUGAACAACUGACGAUGAGUCACUUAGGGAGACAGAAUAUUACCUACCCGAGUGUGUUUGAUGAGGGCUCAGCCACCCAUGUCAUUACUGCAGUGCUGUAUGGGGCCCAGGCCUUCUUUGUGUUUGACCAAAUGACUUCAUCAACAGAGAAGAUACAGAAUAUCCAGGGCAACAUGGAGGCAACAAUUAAAUGUCUCCCUAUGAUUGCGAUUCAGGGCGAGGCCUCCCUAGAAAUGACAGAAGAACACAAAUCUCAUACCGAGAAGUUUAGCUGCACGUUUUAUGGGGACUUCUCGUUGAAGAACAAUCCCACCACCUUCAAAGACGCCAUCAAUAUCUACGCAACACUUCCACACCUCCUGGGUCCAGAUGGAGAACAUUCAGUGCCCAUCAGAGUCUGGCUCUAUCCUCUCAAUAAACUUGACUCAAAAGCUGCCCAGCUGGUGAGGGAGAUCAGCGUGGGACUGGUCAAUCACUGCCAGGAUGUCCUGGAACAGCUCAGUGAGGCCAUGAUGAGGUGCAAUGACCUGAUGAAAGACAGUGUCGCAGUUCAGUUUCCUGAGAUUAUAAAUGUUAUGCUUCGAUUCCAAAAGAUGUGUCUGGAGUACAAAUUAGGUUUCCAGGGGACUUUAUGUAAAGUUUUACCGUCCAUUCGGGGCGGCGGGAAGGAGGAAGUGUUGCUGGCGGACAUACUGAAGAACAGGGAGCAGUCACCAUUCAAACACCAGGCACUGACCACAUGGCUGGAUGACAAGGCACGGGAGAUGAGGGUUGUGGGACGUUACCUCAGAAUAUUGAAAGAUAUACCAGUUGUGAAAUCAGAGAGUGAGUUAGAUGAAAUGUUUAUGGAUUUAGCAACAGUUUACGUGGUCUGCUAUACAUUUACAACAUUACAUCAUGAGGAUCUCUACCUGUCAGAGGCAAACAAUUACGUCCAAUCUCCCACAGCUCAGAAAAUGGAGACACAACCUCCUGUUGAUGGAGUCUGUACAAAACGACAAAGUGACUCCUGGCUUAACUUGCCAUCUGUGUCCCAGCAGAUGAGGAAGCUAUCAGGAUCAUUCCUGGACUUUGCCACCGCCAAUAUAGCAGAUGGGAAAAUAAAAUUUGCUGUUGGAUCUGUGCGGGAUGACAGCAACAUAGGAGCGUCAAUUUACCUGUAUGAUGGAGGAUGUCUGGAGAACCGGUGCUUUGUUCCUCCGUCACAGCCCGAGAUACCUACGUCUAGUAGAACAACACAUGACAGUGUGACUCUGCAGUUACAGCCACCAACAUUUGAUGCCGGUGAGAUUGUGGGCUACAAGGUAGAGUACCGUGGUAGCCAGCAGGAGGAAUGGACAAUUCUGGAUACACCUGAUCAAUGCCACUCCUUCACAAAACCUGGGUUAGAGCCACACCAGGAGUAUCACUUCCGAUACAGAGCAGUGACCAAGGUCGGGGUCAGCAAGGCUAGUGAGAGCUACAGGGGCAUCACCAGGCCAGCAAGUCCACCUGGUAAACCAGUCUUCCAGGAUUGUUCAUCCAGCCCAACACUGCACUGGGACAGACCAGGUCAGAUUGGAGCUGAUGUUAAUAUAUUUCGGUACAGAAUUGAAUAUAGGGAAGAACCGUCAGAUAAUUUAAACACGAAAGAUGGAUUAUGGCAGGAAGUUAAGACAACAGACGCACAAUGUCACUAUUGUUUAGAGGGACUGAAACCCACGACCGUCUACCGAGUCCAAGUGUCUGCUGACUGUGGAGAAACAGGGUCUAGUGAAGCAAGUGAGGAGGUUUCAAUAAAAAUAGGAAACACACCAAUCACAAUAGCCCGGAAACUUCGCACAGACACUAAAUUAAUAUCCACAGGAAACCCUUCCAUUUACAAGCUCAAACUACAGGAGGAGAUAGCUGAUGAAUUCAAACAGCUUGUGAAAUGCUCCUUCGGAAAACCCACUACAAAACAUACAAUGAAGACAAUUAUGGUUCUGGGAGCAACUGGGUCAGGAAAGACAACCCUCAUCAAUGGGAUGAUCAACUACAUCUUGGGCGUGGAAUGGGGAGACAACUUCAGAUACAAGUUAAUAGCGGAAGAGACAGGAAAAUCCCAGGCUGAGAGUCAGACAUCCUCCAUCACUGCCUACCAGCUCCACCAUCAGAAAGGAUUUAACAUCGAUUACUCCCUGAUGAUCAUUGACACACCGGGAUUCGGUGACACCAGGGGCAUCAGCCAGGAUCAACAGAUCACUGAGCAAAUCCGUGAAUUCUUCUCUUCCCCACAAGGUGUUGAUCACAUUGAUGCCGUGUGUUUUGUUGUUCAAGCCUCCCUGGCUCGCCUCACUCACGCACAGAAAUAUGUCUUUGAUUCGAUUCUUGCUAUUUUUGGCAAAGAUAUUGCAGAAAACAUUCAGAUCCUGGUGACUUUCGCAGACGGACAGCCUCCCCCCAUCCUGGGUGCCCUGAAAUUAGCUGAGGUACCGUGUCCCAUAGACAAGUGUACUGAUCUGCCAGUACACUUCAAGUUUAACAAUUCAGCUAUUUUUGCCCAGCGUCCAACCUCAGGGGGAGAGAACGAUGAUAACUUUGAUGCAAUGUUUUGGAAGAUGGGAGCAAAUAGUAUGAAGAAAUUCUUCACAGCUCUGAACACAAUGAGAACCAAAAGUUUGAGUUUAACCAGAGAGAUUCUGAUGGAACGUAAGCAGCUGGAAGUUACUGUGCAGGGAUUGCAGACGCAGAUCCGAGUUGGUCUCACCAAACUGGAAGAACUCAGGGAAACGCAACAAGCUCUGAACCAACACCAAACCGAGCGGUAUGCAAAUAAAAACUUUGACUUCGGGUUUGGACGUAUAACGAGGACAGACAAGGAGCUGAAAGAAAAGUACGAGAAGGCCUAUGGUGAAAAGAUGACCCAGCAGAAUGUUAUGGAAUCACUUGAGCAGGAGUUUGCUGAUGUGGAGUCCACAGUUCUGGCGCUGGUUGAUCAAUUAUCUGGCAGCAUUAGACGACUUGAAGAAAUAGCUCUGAGGCCAAACCCAUUAUCCACCCCAGCUUACAUUGACCUUAUGAUUCAGUCUGAGAAAGAAGAGGCGAAGCCCGGGUUCAUGGAGCGAAUUCAGACACUGGGGGAAGGAUCAGUACCUUCCAUGUCCUGGACCCCAUCACCCGAUGGACAAUGGACCUUCUCCAUGAAGAAGGAGCCUCAGGCCAAAGCCAACCAAAUACCCCCACCUGCACACAAAACCAUCUGCAAGAGGGACCACAGGGCACCAGACAUCUGGGAACUAGAGCUGGGAGAUAGCUGCUGGAAAAAUACUGCGGGAUAUAAAGGACCAGAUGGCACACCCCCUUCCUCCCGCUCGCCACGUGACGGGGGCACAGCAACGGAGGUCGCUCCGACCAACCAACCCACGUCAUGUGAUGGGCGGGGGAACAGCAACGGCCGCUCCGUCCCACCCACGUCACGUGAUGGGCGGGGCUGCAACGGCCGCGCCGCGAGCUGCAAGUGGCCAACGGUCACCGCUCCCGCGCGGCCGCUCACCGACGUCAUUGAGUGUGAAGAAGCGUCGCCGCCGGUAAGUAACGUGGCCCCUCCAUCUGCCCCCCUCACUCACACUGUCCACAACUCUACCCUCUCUCAACAUGGCCGCUCCUUCACUUCACCAAACAUGUCUGAGCGGGUGCCCAAGCUUCCAGUGUGGUCUCUGAGGAUGGAGAUGAACGGGAGCGGGGACACUGACCUCUCCGGGACCGAUGGCGAUCCGAACAGGGACCAACAGCAGCAGGAAACAGGACCGUUACCGGAGGAGGCCCACAACAGAAAG